GUCUUCGCACGCCGACCGCGCCGCCCGACGCGCCGCUCUGACCAUGUGCCCGUCGCCCGACAAGGCCUCCAUCGCUCCGCCGACGGACAAGCCGGAAAAGAACGCCUGGGCGCAGCCGGACCUCGAGGACUUUAGCAUCCUGCGCCGCGGCAUCCCCGACGAGCUGCCGCCCGCCAAUCUGGGCCGGCGCGACCCGACGGUCCCCCACGCGCCCGUGCGGACGCCGAACCUGACGCCCGAGGGCGAGACCCUGGCGCUGCGCAACGCCCUGCGCUACUUCGACGCGAAGCACCACGCGACGCUCGCGGCCGAGUUCGCCGCGGAACUCCGAACGGACGGCCACGUGCACAUGUACCGCUUCCGGCCGACCUACGAGCUCAAGGCCUACCCCUUCGCCAAGUUCCGCGCCGUCUGCAGGUGCGACGAGGCGGCGUGCAUCCUGCUCAUGGUCAUGAACAACCUCGACCGGCGCGUCGCGCAGUACCCGCAGGAGCUGAUCACGUACGGCGGCAACGGCUCCGUGCUGUCGAACUGGGCCCAGUUCCUGGUGCUGGCCAAGUACCUCUGCGAGAUGACGACGGACCAGACGCUGAGCAUGUACAGCGGCCACCCCAUGGGCCUCUACCCGUCGUCGCGGCACGCGCCGCGCAUGGUCGUCACGAACGGCAUGGUCGUGCCCAACUACUCGUCCAAGGCCGACUACGCGCGCAUGUACGCCCAGGGCGUGUCCAUCUACGGCCAGAUGACGGCGGGCUCCUACUGCUACAUCGGCCCCCAGGGCAUCGUCCACGGGACGACGAUCACGGUGCUCAACGCGGGCCGCAAGUACCUCGGCGUCGACGACCUCGCGGGCCGCGUCUACGUCUCCUCGGGUUUGGGCGGCAUGAGCGGCGCGCAGCCCAAGGCCGCGGUCAUCACGGGCGCCGUGGGCGUCAUCGCCGAGGUCGACGAGGCGGCCCUGCGGAAGCGCCACGCGCAGGGCUGGGUCGACGAGGUCUGCGACGGCGGCGCGGAAGCGUGCGUCGCGCGCGUGCGGGCCGCGCGCGCCGCGAGGCGGCCGCUGUCCAUCGGCUUCCUCGGCAACGUCGUCGACCUCUGGGAGGCUUUUGCGGCGGCGCCCGGCGAGCUGCUCGUGGACCUCGGCAGCGACCAGACGUCGCUGCACAACCCGCUCGGCGGCGGCUACGCGCCCGCGGGCCUGACCUUCGACGCGGGCCGCGCGCUGAUGGUCGCCGACCCGCCGGCGUUCAAGGCCGCCGUCGAGGCGUCGCUGCGGCGCCACGUCGCCGCCGUCAACGCGCUCGCCGCGCGGGGCAUGCGCUUCUGGGACUACGGCAACUCGUUCCUCCUCGAGGCGUCGCGCGCGGGCGCGGACGACAUCAUGGGCGACAUCUUCUCGCUGGGCUUCGGGCCCUACCGCUGGGUCUGCUCGUCGGGCGACGCCGGCGACCUCGCGAAGACCGACGCCAUCGCCGCGGCCGUGCUCCGCGAGGUCGCGGCCGCCGCCAGGGCCGAGGGCGCGGACCGCGUCGCGGACCAGUGCGCGGACAACCUCAAGUGGAUCGAGGAGGCCGGCGGCCACGGCUUGGUCGUCGGCUCCGCGGCGCGGAUUCUCUACGCGGACUGCGAGGGCCGCGCGCUCAUCGCGAAGCGCAUGAACGACGCCGUGCGCGACGGCGUCCUGGCCGCGCCCGUCGUCAUCUCGCGGGACCACCACGACGUCUCGGGCACCGACAGCCCGUUCCGCGAGACGUCGAACGUGACCGACGGCUCCGCGUUCUGCGCGGACAUGGCCGUGCAGAACUGCAUCGGCGACGCGGCGCGCGGCGCGACCUGGGUCGCGCUCCACAACGGCGGCGGCUGCGGCUGGGGCGAGGUCACGAACGGCGGCUUCGGCCACGUCCUCGACGGGUCCGACGACGCGGGCGCCAAGGCCGCGCGCAUGCUCCACUGGGACGUGACCAACGGCGUCUCGCGCCGCGCCUGGGCGCGCAACGACAACGCGCGCUUCGCCGCGGCGCGGGCCAUGAAGGCCGAGCCGAAAUUGAAGCUCACGGUGCCCCACGACGCGGACGACGCGCUCCUGGCGGCGGCCCUCGCGGGCUGAGCGUGUCCAUAACAUCCUGCGUGC